CAAACGGGCAGACUGGCUGUUCGCCUCGCCUGCCAGAGCCCAAAAGCCAAGAGAUUCUUACGCGUUUCAGUCGCCUGAGGUCCAAGGGUUGAGGAGCUUAAAUACAAUCCCAAGGUCAAAGCUUCGAGUCUCGGUGCCUCUCUCGCAACAUCUGUCCUGACUGUUGUCCUGACUGUUGCUGUCCCGAAAGCCAGGCUUGUCUUUGUGUUCCACAGAGAGAGAGCACUUGAGCCGUCACCAAAAGAUCCCAGUCUAUUAUUACCCCCCCCCCCCACUUCGUCAUGGCUGAGAAGAACCCCUCGGGCGAGCAGAACUUCCCACCACCUCCUCCCGGCCCACCACCUGGGCACAAUGGCCUCGCCAUGAACCCGAGCGACCACCCCGCCCCAGACUCGAACUCGGAGCUCUACGACAACACCCCUCCCACCCAUUCCGACGCCCAGUUCCAGGCCCAGCAUCAGACCCAGCAGCAGCAGCAGACUGCCCAUCAGGUCCCUCCUCCCGACAGUGAUGGCGCCCCCAAGAAGGUAGGAUGGGGCCAGCGUUUCAGUGCCUGGGGCGGCAAGGCCGCGACCCCAUUCAACAUGCUGGCAAAUAAGCUCGGGUCAGAGAGUUUCCUCCCUGAUACCAUGGACAAGGAGUGCGAGAAGGCCGCAAGGAUCCUGAGGAGCUUCUGCAAGGAUGGGAUCUAUACCGACGCACAGGCGCCCGAGACCGUCGAGGCCCCAACCACCGACGCUGAUGGGAAGCCCACCACUGCCGCCGCGAAGCCCAAGAAGAACCGAACCCUCCUGACCAUCCCCUCCAAGGUCAUCAACCGCGCCGUGGGCCUGGCCAUCUUUACGACCGCUCGCGCCGGCUUCCACGUCUCGGGUGCCACCGGCUCGGGCGUCAUCAUUGCUCGCCUCCCCGAUGGCAGCUGGUCACCUCCUUCGGGCAUCCAGGUCCACAGCGUCGGUGCCGGUUUCAUGGUCGGUCUCGACAUAUACGACUGUAUUGUCGUCAUCAACACAAGGGAGGCUCUGGAGGCUUUCACAAAGACGCGCAUGUCGCUGGGCUCCGACCUUGCCGUCGUGGCUGGUCCUUGGGGCGCAGGCGGCAGCGUCGACUUCGCCGCACCUCAAUCACAGAAGGGCAAGGCCAAGGCGGGCGAUGCUCCUGGGUCCCCAGACCCGACGACUAAGGACGCCGAGGGCAAGCCAGCCACUCCUCCGCCCGCCGCAAGCGAGAAACACCCCGACGGCGCGGAACCUGUCCCGACGGUGAACGAGCCGACCGCAGACAAGACCACUGCCGAGGCGGCAGAACGCCCCCAGGCCGGCAAAGAGCGCAAGCCAUCCGGCCUUAAGCAGGCCCUCAAGCCUACCUAUUCCUACGUCAAAUCGCGGGGGUUCUACGCAGGCGUCCAGGUGGACGGCACAAUCGUCACUGAGCGCAAGGACGCCAACACCGCAUUCUACGGUGAGCCGGUUGGCGUUCAGAGUAUCCUGAAAGGCGAGGCGCCUCUGGUUCCCGGCAAGGAGAACUGGGUGAACAUCGUCAAGCCCCUCUUCGAUACCAUCAAGGGAGCCGAGGGCUGGAGGGCUCAAGGCGGAACCCAGCAAGGCCAGCAGUGGGCGAACCAGCAAGGCCCAUCCGACACGUACGGCCACGGCAACGCGCCCCAGGGCUACCCCACCGGCUUCGACCCCGUCUUCUCCGGCGCUGGCGAGAACCCACCAGCGAAGCCCCCCCGCCCCGGCGUAUCCGGCGUCACGGAGGGCGUGCACGGCCUCGGCCUCGGCGGCUCCUCGCCAGCAGGGCCCCCGCCGCACGCGGACACCCAGACCCCAGCAGCGCGCUCAAAAGCCGCAGAGGCCGCCGCCGAGGCCGAGGCCGCCCGCGAGCAGGAGCGGCGGGAGAGGCAGGAGCUGGAGCAGGAGACCGCCCAGGCGGUCGCCGGCGGUGCUGCGAGGCCGCUGUCCAUGGCGCCGCCUUACACCGAGUCGGCCGGGCCCGCCGAGGCGUCGCACGGGGAAGCGGGCGGGGAGCAACCGCCUCCCGCGUAUACGGACGACGGCGUGGCAAGGCCUGGGGUCGGGGACACGAAGCACCCCGGAGGACCGCCGUCGUGAUUGGGAAGUCCGCGUGAGAUGGAGCCCAAGAGGCCGUCAUGUCGAUGCUGUACGUGCCGUUUAGACAGACACACAGACAAAUAGAAUAGGGUUGAGCGGGUAGGAUGGAUGGCGUUUUCAACAGCUGGGAACAAAGGGAGCACACGCGGGUCCAAUUCCGCUCGUGCCUGGCACGAUGAUGAUGAUGAUGAUGAUACCUGCUGGAUUGGGGGUGCAAUUCUGUGCAAGAAAACCAAAAUAUCCACUAAAUAGUCUAACGAACUCUAAUGCCAUUGUUUUCCUCACUUCCGCUCUACAGCGGUACAUACAAAUAAACCAUAUCCCCCCGGCCGGCAACGGCAGCGUCACAGCAGUAUCACAUAUCUACCCUUCCAAGAUAAUUCCCAGACACAAAUGCAUCUUUCCCAUCAAUGCAAUCAGUGCGUGCACGUGCGUGAUACAAAGGUCGGUCGGUCCUCAGGAAUACCCUGUCGUGUGACUGUAAAUUGCAGCCCCCUUGCCUACCUACCUACCUACCUACCUACCUACCUAGGUAGGUAGCAUUGAGAGGCAGAAGAGGCUUGCAAGCAGGGAGCAAGGAGGCCAAGACAUGAACAAGAGUCCAAGCCACCGGGUAAGAACAUAAUAAGCCAUCCCUCAUGGCCCGCAUGAC